AUGGAAAACAUAAGAACGGAAAUAUCGAGUCUUAGAAAUCAGCAAAAUUUAAACGUAAGAAGUCAGUCGAUUCCGAGAGCUUUGAAUUCGUUGCUCGCAUCCUCCCCAGGAAAUGAAAAAACGGAUCCCUCGGCUUUGACGAAUCCUACGAGAGUGAAAAAAUUGACGAAAUUUUUCGGCGACGAACCCCCACUAUUAAGAUUGUUUUUGAAAAAAUUAGGAUACGAGAAAUACGCAGGAGCUUUCGAAAGUGAAAAAAUCGGUAUGGUCGAAUUGCCGUACCUGACGGAAGAAAGAUUACAAAAAAUGGGGAUACCGAUGGGACCCAGAUUGAGGAUAUUACAAGAAGCACAAAUAUCAUUUUGUAGGGAUUCAGUUUAUGUCGUUUAA